UUUCAAAAAAAUAAAUAAAUAAAUAAAUUCGUAGUGCUUCAACGAAUAUAUUAUGGGUUGCUUCUCUCAUAUUAUAAACAACCAUUUUAACCUUCGCCCCCUAUCGCCACCAAAUCUCUAAUGUCUUGCCUAAACCUCAGCCUUGGGCUUCCACCUGCCAAGAAAGCAUGGCGGAGCAUCACCUCCAAGCUGCUUCGUAAACCCGACAAGUCCAGGGCUCUCAAGAAGCCUAAAUAUCAAUACAAGAAAUCUUUCUUUGAGCAGCGUGGUCAGAGCAGUUCAAGAAGGUUUUUUUUCCGUCCCUCCAAGUAUUCUCUUACUUUCAAACGACGUAGAAGCCGCUUGUUCCCCCACAAAAAAACUGCGCCUGUAUAUGUUGACAAGCUCUUUAAAGAGCCUGUUGCUGAUGAGUUGGUGGAGCAGUGUAUGCCUAGUGCUAAGACUAUGAAGUUGUUGGACAACCACCAGGCUGUGAUAGUGUCAACAGAGGCAGAAGCAAGCAGGGAGGAUGGAAAAGGAGGUGAAAGAGCCAUUGCAGCUGCAGAUGAUAUGUGGGAGUCGUUGGGAUUUGCAUCUCCUCAAAUGCGAGGAAUAGAUGAAAGAGCUGAGCAAUUCAUUGCUAGUUUCCGGUCAGAGAUGGAGGUUCAGGAGAUGAUAGCUGGAGGUUUAUUUAUAGAUGGUCCUGGCGAAUAGUAGCUGUAGCAGAUCUAGCUAGAGAUAAUUAGAGGGAGGAGAUUAAUUAUAAAGUCUUAAGAUGAAUUUGAAGUGUUUGAAGCACUGAUUGCUGAUGUUGUGAUGGUUUCUUCUGUAAAUACUUCCUUCCAAAUAAUAGAUUAGUUUGUGCUUGCUUUUGCGUA